UAUUGAGGCGGUUAAUAGCAGUGAUUCCGAAAACCCACGUGAUUAACAGCGUUUCUCCUCCUCUCUCUCUAUCGUAUCUUCCUCCUCUCCCCAUCGCAAGCCGAUCUCCAUUUCCGACGCGGUGGUCACUUAGUUUUCCCGCCCAUCCACCUCCGGCCUUUAUAAAUACCGCUCGGAUUUCUCGCCCCAGAAGUAUUACUCGCUCGCUCUUCCUCCGCUCCCCCCCUCCCUCUCUAGGGUCUUCGAAAGGUUUUGCCUAUAAGCAUCUUGGUCUGUGUCUCUGGCCUGCACAAUGGUUUCCUUUGAGAUGAAUGACCGUAAAAAGAUUGGACUGGGACUGACAGGGUUUGGUAUAUUGUUUUCAUUUUUGGGAAUCAUUUUCUUCUUUGACAAGGGACUGCUAGCAAUGGGGAAUAUUCUCUUCCUAUCAGGUGUCAUGUUAACCAUUGGACUGAAAUCCACCAUGCAAUUCUUCACCAAGCGUAAAAACUACAAGGGUACAAUCUCAUUCGGAUUUGGCUUCUUUCUGGUCCUGAUUGGGUGGCCUCUCUUUGGCAUGAUCUUUGAGUCCUACGGUUUCAUUGUUCUCUUCAGUGGCUUCUGGCCGACUCUUGCAGUUUUCUUGCAGAGGAUUCCUGUGCUUGGCUGGCUAUUCCAGCAGCCUUUUGUGACAUCGUUCUUUGAUCGCUACAGAGGCAAACGUGUACCUGUGUAACUAACGAUCUUGUUGAUACUGAUUGGGUGGAACCCUGCAACACAAAGUUCUUUGUAAGAUAGCAGUCAACUUUAGCUGUUAGACUAUUAAUUUUGUUAAACUCCUGCCUUGCCAUGCGGAGUAUCUUCUCGCAAGCCAGUUAUGUUGAUCACCUAGCGAGCUCAUUCUUUGUGAGGUAGCCAAUUUCUUGGGUGUCAAAUGUGAUAUAGAAUUUACAUGCCGCGUCCUGUCAGUUACUUAUAUUUGCUUUGGCAGCUUUAAUUGUUACCGCUCGACAUCUCCCUGCUUCACCCAGGAAUUGUUAAAUCAGAGAAAUGUCACAAUAUUUGCUUCAUAAUAGGUGGUUGAGCUUAAACUGGGGUGUAUAUGUGGAUAAAUGUUACAAUAUUGGCAUCAUGACUGGUGGUCGUGCU